AUGUGGCCCCGGGGUGCCUUCCUAGCACUCUCGGGACCUCGGUUUCUUGUGUCUGGGAUGCUGCGGAUGAGACUAAAGGUCGCCGGAAAAUCAGAGGGCCUAGAAUGUUAUGGUGCCCUGGUGUAUGUGGAAUGUUCUAGAAGAGCACUCACUGCUGCCUCCAUUCUGGCUUUCUGCUGCCGUCAUCUGCCCGAGUGCCCACAAGCCACCAUGCCUGAGGAGACCCAAGAAGACAUGGUGGCACCAACCCGGAGCCCCAGGAGCAGGGACCCGCUGGCCCCCAACCACGUGCAGGAAGUGCGUCUAUACCCAGUGGAGUCCAUCAGCGACCUCCACGGUGGAGGUUCCCUGAGGCCGUAUUUGGCCGAGGACACGCAGUCCUGGGAUGAGCUGCUCGGCAUUUUACCACCCUCACUGUGUGCCCAGGCUGGCUGCGGCCCCAUGCAAGGGACUGGGGGCUUCCUGCUGCUGCUGGCACUGCUGGUGGUCACCUGCCUGGCACUCGCCAUCCUGGCUGUCUACCUGAGUGUGCUGCAGAGCGAGUCCCUCCGUGCCCUGGCAUACAAGCUGCACAUGCAGGAGGAGGUGCUACUCAAGCUGCGGUUGGCCAGCCUCAGCCAGCUGCGGAGACUCAACGCCAGCGAGGCCCGAGCCCCCAGCUGA